CCUUCUCUUAGCUUCUGAUACAUCACUUUGUCACUGUGCGUAAUGCUGAUAUGCGUUUCGGCAGUGGCACAAAAAUUACAGUAAUGGGGAAGAACGAUGAAAUCAUACCUCCAGCUGUGGCCAUCUUUUCCCCAUCAAAGCAAGAGAUCCAGCAGAAGAGCAAGGCCACACUGGUGUGCCUGGCCUCUGGUUUCUACCCUGACCACCUGACUCUGGCCUGGAGGGUGAAUGGUGUGAAAAGGACCGAAGGGGUGGGGACAGAUGAGUCCUCCACACGGAAUGGGAGUACCUACUCACUGACCAGCCGACUGAGGAUGCCAGCCUGGGAAUGGUUCAACCCUUUGAAUCGCUUUGAGUGUGUUGCCAAUUUUUUUCAGAAUGGAACAACGCAAUCAGCGCAAAAAUUUAUCUAUGGCGAUGCUGGUUGUGCACUCACGGAAGAGUCGUACUUGCGGUAUGGAAAUUCUCUGAAGCUCACUUACCUCAUCCUCUGUGGCAAAGCCUUGGUCUAUGCAGUUUUGGUGAGCGGUCUGGUGUGGACAGCCAAGACUGGUGCCAAGUUAUCUAGAGAAUAAAUGAAGAGCCCUCUUCAUCACAUCAGCAGGAAGACAGCAAGUUCUCAAUCUUUCCAUAGCAAAGUGUCUAUGAUUCUAAGAACUUCUGCAUAUAGUUUUCUUGUGAUUGUCUCUUGCCCUCCUGUUCUUCACUUUGUUGUAAUCACUGCUGAGUUUUCUCUGUACUUCCAUAUCAUAUUGUAUCCUAUUUUAUUGUAACAUCUCUUUAAAACUAGCACCUUUGUAAUGCUCAGAGGCUGAGAACUCAUCAAAUUGAUUUAGGAAUAAAGUUUUAGCUCCUUUUCCCUUGAAAAA